AUGUCUGCUUCUCAACCGAUCGCCAUCCUGUCGGUAUACGACAAGACCGGUCUGCUCGAUCUCGCCAAGGGCCUCCAUGCCCUCGGCGUGCGUCUGCUUGGAUCCGGAGGUACCGCCAAGCUUGUCCGCGAGGCGGGCUUGCCCAUCGGCGAUGUUUCCGACAUCACGAAGGCGCCCGAGAUGCUAGGCGGUCGCGUCAAGACGCUGCACCCUGCUGUCCACGGCGGCAUCCUUGCUCAGACCGGCAAGCCCUCCGACGUUGAGGACCUCAAGGCGCAGAGUAUCGAGCCGAUCGACGUAGUUGUCUGCAAUCUUUACCCCUUCGAGGAGACCAUUGCCAAGGAGCCAAAGCCCACAAUCGCUCAGGCCACCGAAGAGGUCGACAUUGGCGGCGUCACCCUUCUCCGUGCUGCUGCAAAGAACCACGAGCGCGUCUGGGUGCUCUCGGAUCCCAAGGACUACAGUAAGUUCCUCGACAAUUAUGCCUCAAAGGAUGCUGAGGCCGCCAAGGCCAACCGCAACCUGCUUGCUGUCAAGGCUUUCUCUCAGACUGCUCGCUACGACGAGGCCAUUAGCAACUACUACCGCCAGCAGUACGCCAGUCUCGCAUCCAAGUCGAUCGAUGUCGUCCAGCAGCUUCCUCUCCGAUACGGUGCAAACCCUCACCAAAAGCCAGCGCAGGCCUUCGUCACUGCCGGCGAAAUGCCCGUAAAGGCCCUGUGCGGCUCUCCAGGCUACAUCAACUUCCUCGACUCGCUCAAUGCUUGGGCUCUUGUCCGUGAGCUCGCCGAGGCUACCGGGUUGCCUGCUGCUGCCAGCUUCAAGCACGUCUCGCCCGCGGGUGCCGCCGUUGGUGUUCCGCUGUCUGACGUCGAAGCCAAGGCUUUCUUUGUCGAUGACCUCGGCCAGCUCUCAGGUCUUGCCACCGCAUACGCACGUGCUCGUGGUGCUGAUCGCAUGUCGUCGUUCGGCGACUUUAUCGGCCUCUCGCACCCCGUCGACGUGCAGACUGCCAAGAUCAUCUCGCGCGAGGUGAGCGACGGUGUUAUUGCACCCUCCUAUGAGCCCGAAGCGCUCGAGAUUCUCUCCAAGAAGAAGGGAGGCAAAUACUGUGUGCUCGAGAUCGACCCCCAGUUCCAGCCCUCGGACAUCGAGACCCGCACCGUCUACGGCGUCCAGCUGCAACAACGCCGCAACGACGUCAAGAUCACCAAGGACCUCUUCACCAACAUUGUCUCCGAGAACAAGAACGUUCCCGAGGGCACACAGCUCGACUUGAUGGUUGCCACGCUCGCACUCAAGUACACACAGAGCAACUCGGUGUGCUACGCCAAGAAUGGCCAGGUCAUCGGUCUUGGAGCUGGCCAGCAGUCGCGUAUUCACUGCACAAGGUUGGCAGGAAGCAAGACCGACAACUUUUGGCUGCGUCAGCAUCCGCGCGUGCUCAGCUUGCCGUUCAAGAAGGGCACCAAGCGUCCCGAAAAGUCGAACGCUAUCGAUCUGUUCGUCGAGGGCACUGAGAAUCUGUCAUCUGAGGAAAAGGCUGAGUGGGAGGCCGUCUUUGAGCAGGUUCCUGCUGCGCUCAGCGCGGAAGAGCGAAAGGAGCAUGCUGACAAGCUGACCGGCGUUGUCUGCGCCAGCGAUGCCUUCUUCCCUUUCCCCGACAACGUUCACCGGGCCAAGAGGAGUGGAACCAGCUUCAUCGUCGCCCCAGGCGGAUCCGUCAUGGACGACGCAUGCGUCGCUACUGCGAACAAGUACGACAUGGUAGUGGUAAGGACGAACCUGCGUCUCUUCCACCAUUAA